AUGGAUAUAUUUAGAAUAUUAACAAGAGGUGCCCAAGUUAAACAAGGUAAAACAAAGAAUGAUUACUCAUUAAAAGAAGAUAAACAUGAUGAUAAUAUAUUAUAUCAAGUAGAAAAAGAAACAGAUUUUUUUCAUACUAAAAAACAUAAUACGCUGGUAAAUAAUAAAGAAGUUGCAAAAGAUAAUCAAGAUGAUGAAGAUGAAAUACCUCCAUUAGAAUUGAUAUCCGAAGAAGAUGCUAAAAAAUUUAGGAACUUACAUAAAUCAAAAGUUACUGGUAGUGAUAUUCCAAUACCUAUUGGAUCAUUUCAAGAUUUAAUCGGAAGGUAUAAAAUUAAUAAAAGAAUAUUGAAUAAUUUAAUCGAUGCUAAUUUUACAGAACCUACUCCUAUUCAAUGUGAAUCUAUUCCAAUUACAUUAAAUAAUCGAGAUUUAAUAGGUUGUGCACCUACUGGGUCAGGUAAAACAUUAGCAUUUAUAAUACCUUUAAUACAACAAUUAAAUACAAAAGUGGACAAGAAUUAUGGUAUCAGAGGGCUUAUCAUAUCUCCAACUAAUGAAUUGGCAUCUCAAAUAUUUCAAGAAUUGGAAAUAUUAACGAAAGGUACAAAUUUAAGUAUUUCAAUACUAUCUAAAUCAUUAGCAAAUAAGAUUAAUAACAAAAUUAUAAAUUCAAAUAAAUAUGAUAUUAUAGUUUCCACCCCAUUAAGAUUAAUUGAUUUAUUAAAAACUGGAAAUUUACAAUUUAAUAGACUUGAACAAUUAAUUAUUGAUGAAGCUGAUAAAUUAUUUGACCAAGGAUUUGCAGAACAAACUGAUGAAAUAUUGAGUCAUUGUAAUUCAACUAUAAGGAAAUCUAUAUUCUCAGCAACUAUCCCAUCUGGAGUUGAAGAAAUGGCUCACUCAAUAAUGAAAGAUCCAAUAAGAGUAAUAGUAGGUCAUAAAGAAGGUGCAGCACAAACAAUUGAACAAAAAUUAAUAUUCACCGGGAAUGAAGAAGGUAAAUUAUUAGCAAUUAGACAGAUGAUUCAACAAGGUGAAUUUAAACCACCAAUUAUAAUAUUUUUACAAUCUAUAACUAGAGCAAAAGCAUUAUUUCAUGAAUUAUUAUAUGAUAAAUUAAAUGUUGAUGUUAUUCAUGCUGAAAGAACAGCAAAACAAAGAGAAGAAGUAAUUAAACGAUUUAAGAAUGGCGAUAUUUGGGUAUUAAUAACUACUGAUGUUUUAGCAAGAGGUGUUGAUUUUAAAGGUGUUAAUUUAGUUAUAAAUUAUGAUGUUCCACAAUCUGCACAAGCAUAUGUUCAUAGAAUUGGUAGAACUGGACGUGGUGGUAAAUCAGGUAAAUCAGUUACAUUUUUUACAAAAGAAGAUGAUAAAGCAGUUAAACCGAUAAUUAAUGUAAUGAAACAAUCAGGAUGUGAAGUAAAAGAUUGGAUGGAAAAUCUAGGUAAAUUAUCAAAGAAUGAAAAGAAACUGAUUAAACAGAAUGAAAUUAAAAGGAAGAAGAUUUCAACUGUCCCUAAAAUUAUAAAACAGAAACGAAAACAAAAACAACAAAUGAUUGAAGCUUCAAAGAAAAGAAAAGCUGAAAUAGAUAAUUAA